AUCAUUUCCAACUUAAACGCAGGGCAUCUCUUCUUAAAACUAUGCAACCCUUUUCUACUAUCGUCGUUCGUUAGUAUUCUAGCACUUUUCUUUCUAUCUGAAAUUUUUAUUUUCUUGAGAUAGUUGUUUAAAAUGGAAGGAAAGUUGUAUCAGCAAUACCAAUAUCCUUCUGACCUCAACAGAUAUCAGAACAAUAUAUCUCCAUCAAUUAACCGUAUGUACAGCACUCCUUCACCCGUUAUUUUUCCAUCUGCAUCACCUACACCAAAAUUAUAUAGCACACCCAGUCGUAAGGUAGCCUAUCCGCUAACAUCUUGGCAAGAAACAAAUAAUUCAGGAAGAUGUCUUGCAGACAUGAUAUCACGACAAUCUGACAGCACGAGUAAUAAAAGGUCAUGCUCUUUUACAAUAUCUGCCACCACGUCAUCCUUUAUACCAGGCGAAAAGCAUGAUAUUCGUUUGAUCGAUAAUCAAAGCCCACUUUCUAUUAUAUCUAGCGGAGAAGAGGACAGUGAUGAUUUUAUGGAGGUCAUCGCAACUUCUUCAUCGAAUACACCCAAUAACUUGGCAUGCUCCUCCAUCACAGGUGUUACUUACCCGACAAAAGCCUUAUUCAUAUCACAGGAAGAGCAAUACAAAGAAGUCGUCGUCGGCUCGCCAUUUGUACCUGCACCUGUGGAUGAUCCUAUUGAGGAGCGUUGUACAUACAAAAGAUCCAAGUGAUACAUUGAAUAAAAUACGAUAUACCUAUUACAGC